AUGAGUUGCAUGACAACGAAUGUGCACAAUAAGAACCCGAAGACUCGAAAGCAGUGGGCCAGCAAUAUCAAGUUGGUUUUCGGUUGAAAAACCGGAAAUUGGAACUUCAAUUGAAUUGGAACUUUCUGCUGGGCAGACCUGGGAGCAUGUUGUGGCAGGCGCGACCUGAUUGAUGCUUUUGGUCUCGGGCAGGUGCAAACCGGGCAUGUCUCCCACCCCGCCGAGCUACACUACGUGCCCAUUGCAGUGCUCACUUCGUGCACAGGUAUUGCUUCAAUUCAUUCUGCGGGAUCUCUCACCUACUCGGUACCGAUCCGCCGCGCUGGUUUUCACGAUGCCAGAUUGGGAGGAUUAUUCGACCCCGAGGGUGGUAUUGGCAGCCAGAUCCGAAAUUGAGAACCAAGGUUGCCGAACACAUGGAGGAGUUGGCAUUUUCCAGAAGAUUGUAACCGUGUCCUUCCGCGGACACACCUCCCUCCGACUUUCAGACAAAGCUGAACGGAACGGCUCUGUCAUGUUCUCUGCAAGGCGGAGGAGAUAUGUCGACUCGAUCUGGUUCAACAGAGGCCCUCUGAUCUUAAACCUGCAUUGGUUGAGGGCACGCGGAGUGACGGGACGUUGGAGGUCAAGCACAGGUGAUGCGGAUUCUCUCCAAUCGAGGGUCAAUCCACUCCGGCGGAACUGCCCUGGAGACUCGCGAAACGUUCGGGUCCGCCAAGAAGCCGGCCAUUGGUCCGGCAACGGACCCGGUACAGGCACCCCGGAUACGACUCCACGGGACCUCAUUUGAAUCGCGUUGAUGAGAUGCUCCCACAAGAGAGUUCUGGUCGGCUCAGUCCCGAUCUGCGUCAGGAAGACAAUGGACGGAACAUCACCUGCAACGGUCACGAGUGUUCCUAACGGUUGUGGGAAUUGUCAUGACAAGGAGCUAACCAAAAAAGCAAUUGCUUGCCAAACACGGGAGCUAUGGGAUCCUAGCAAGGAAGAGGCCCCCAGCA